UCAGUUUUCUCCUAUCACAGCCAUUAAACUCUGUAACUAUUUUAAUGUCACCAUUGUCAUCAUUGUGAAAUUCCUGAACGGUUUCCUUCCACUCCGGAAACUGAGUUAGGAAGGAUGCCUGUAUCUCUGUAGUGACUGCAUGUAUUGAUACAUCAUCCAAAGUGUAAUUAAUAACUUCACCAUGCUCAAAUGGAUAUUCAAUGCUGCCUUUUUUACCAUCUAUCAAUAGGUUCCUUUCUUUGUGAGGCAUUGGAAAACCUCCCUGGUCCUUAUGGUUGAAUCUGUGUUAUAAAUUCACUGCUGAUGAGGGACCUUACAGAUAAUUUUAUGUGUGGGGUACAGAGAUGAAGUAGUCUUUCAAAAAGCAUGGAAAACACUAUUAUUGCACACAGAGUGAGUCCAUGCAAGUUAUUAUGGGAUUUGUUAAGCACAUUUUUACUCCAGGACCUAUUCAGGCUUGCCAUAACAGAGGAGUUGAAUUCUGAUUGACUCAAGACAUUUCAGCUUUUCAUUUUUUAUUAAUAUGUAAAAAGAAAAGUUCUAAAAACAUAAUUUCCCAGUUACAUUAGGAGGUAUUUUGUGUAGGCCAGGCUGUAACACAACAACACAUGGACAACGUCAAGGGGCGUGAAAACUUUCUGUAGGCACUGUAUGUUGUUGACACAGGCAUAUGUUGAGGCACCUACAGUAUCUGGCUGUGAUCCAACCUUGGAGCCUCCGGCUUUAUCUCACGUCUCAUAGCACUCACUAUGCCUGAGAAGCACUUUCAUGGCUGUUGAUCAACCCUUUCUCUAAUGGACUGCCAUUCCAACCCACAUUUGUGUUCCCAUGGGAGUUGCUCAAAUCCGGGAUGACGGGUGCUAAAUCCUCUCUUAAAGAACUCAAUGGCCUUGUUUAGCAGGCAAGAGGCAAGAAGCAGUGGCCAUAGCAACCUCAGUGGAGACAGAACAAGCCGGGUUUUGUAUUUGUGGCAAAGGGCUGCUUGGCGUCCCCUGUUUCUGCUCUCCUGCGCACUUGCACGUGCCUGCCCCUCGUCCCUCUGAGUGGGUUCCCGUUGGAAUGCAGAGAGGGGAUGGAGGAGUUCCAAAGGGGGAGUGACGAGAGAGAGGAGAGAGAGAGACUACAUAUACAUCCCAACACUAGGAGGCUGGUGUUCAUAGGCACAGCUGGACUGUUGGAUAACUGGACUUCACCACCCUGGAUACUUUAUUGGACUAUUAGAGACAUCAACAUAGUCAAAGAGUCUUUGACGACCUAGUUGGCCAUUGUUACUUUGUGAAAAAGCCCUCAAAAUGACCAGUGUGGCAGAAUGGCUCGUGCAGAACAGGGGCAAGAUCGAGAAGGGGGUGGAGAUCAUGGGACAGGCCUCCGCAGUCCUGGCAGCCACUGUGGGUCAGCUCCAUCCCGUCCUGGAGGCCGUGUUUGUAGCCUCCUCUGAGAUCCUCAGCAACCCGGAAGGGCAGGAUGCACGUUACCUGACUGAGCAGUUCAGCAUGGUCAACCAAAAACUGGAAGGCAUCCAGGCUGAGAUCGAACAAAUCGCCCUGGAGCUGCAGAGGACCUCCUUGAAUAAGCAGAACUUUGACCGUGAGGCACAAAUGCUCAGCCAGUACGAAAAGUUCCAGGACUUUGUCAACGCCAAGCCCAAGUUCAAAGAGAAGAAGAUGGAGAAGUUCCUCAGCCAUUAUGAGAACACGGACACGGAUUUGAACCUGGACGCGCUCUAUAAUGCCGUUACCGGGGACAAUACCUCAGGUGACCCCAUGCUGGAGACAGUGGUUUCCACAGAACAAAGGAGUAGAAGGGCGGUAGAAGAUUUCUGUGCCAGGCUUAAGAAGCUCUUUGUGGUGGGCAUCAUUGCUGUCAUGGGUUAUGCCAGCCUCAAGGAAGGGGUUGUGGGGGAUGAGAUGGUGAAGAAGUGGCAGGAGCGUAUGGAAGAUGUUGAGAACCGCAUGAAAGCAGCGGUGGAUGAUUGCACAGAAAACUUCGCUGAUCAAGCCAAAUUGGACAUGGAACACCAGCUUCAGGAGAAACCUGGCACUGUUGACCUUGACUUCACCAAAUCCCUAUUGGACACACUUGUUAAGAAAUAUGACUGGGUUAGCUGGUCUAUCAGGGUCUUCAAUGACAAGGAGCGAAUUGUCUUUUUCAACUGGCUAGCUGGAAAGAAGUACCAUGGCAGGGGAGGAGGAGCUAAUUACUUUGAUGUGUUGACCAAGAACAACAUCAAAGUGGUGAUCUCUUUCAGUGUACAGCCUAAGCCUAUCAACAAGGGUCAGAUUCAGCAAGAAAUUGAGGGGCAGAAACUGAAGGGGAACAUGAUGGAUGUGGCUCAGGUCCUCAGCAGAAGUCUCCCCAACUGCUUGGUGCAUGCUGUCAGCCACUAUAAGGAAGUGGUGGAGACCAACAACUUCCAAGAGGAUUGUUACUACUAUGGAAAACACAAAAAAGCGUACUUAUGCAUUCAUCCUGAGUAGCUUUUUUUUAAACAGUGCAAUGCAAAAUAGAGUAGACAUAAUGGGGAAAACUACAAAUGCAAUUCAUGAAUGUUUAUAACUGAGUUUAGAGAUGUUUUUCUUGAUAUCUCAAACCUAGCUGACGCUUUAGUUAGUGAUUGUGUGAAAUAUAAUCUCUUGUUACAGACUGCAAAAUGUUUAUUUGUUUAUCGACCUUGUAUAUUUUUGUGUAGUUAGUUAUCAUUUACCAGAGGUGUCAAAUACAUGGCCCGUGGGGUCAGAUUUUUGGGGGGAAAAGCAAUGGAUAGUGGACUGUCUUGUGCAAAAUUUCAAGGCAAAGAAAUAAAACCAAUUUUCAGUAUGGCGCCUCGAUCUCUUUGAAGACUGAAUGCGGCCCCCUGGGUAAAAUUAGUUUGACACACCUGGUUUAAACUAUCAGGAUUUGCACAUGUGUAUUAAUGGACAUAUAUGAGACAUUUUAUGCCAGGCAGUGGCUAUCUACUCAACAACAGUGACAACGCAUGAGAACCUGGUACUUCCUCCCACCAAAUAGAAGAGUAAGAUACCUUGUUUAACCUGCAUUCCAGUAUUUCAUGAUGACCAUACUGUAAAUUAGCACACCAGCCAGCGUAAUAAUGUGUUAUGUAAGCUUACGGCAAACAACUAUUUCUCCUCAUCAAUGUACUGAGGACUUACUCAAGCUCCUUUGAAAAAUGCUGUUGAUAGACACACCACACGGUCCAAAUCUAUAGCCUUACCACAUUACAUCUCUGUCUAUAUUCACACAUUUGAUAUCCUUCAUACAGCUAUAAAAUGUUUAUGGUCUUCUUUAUUCAUAAUAAACCACAAUUUAAAGGA